AUGCCAUUACCAUUAAGCAACGUUAAACAGCAUGGGAAUGUUGUUCUACAACUUUAUCGGGCCAUCCUAAGAACAUCAUUACAUCUUGAGGCCCCUGGUUUCGACAAAAUAGCUAAACUCAAGCUUCUUAGGGAAAUUCGCAUAGCAUUUAGGAAGCAAAAGAAUAUGAACAGUUCUUUUCAAUCCAAAACACUUCUGAAAAGGGGAUAUUAUUGGAAUGAGACUUUUUGUAAGUGGUACCAGUGUACGGCCCAGAAAAUAGAGACAGAUAAGAAUUAUUCGACAUUUCUAAAAAAAGUUAAUCCGACUCUCUGGAAACAGAAGUUUUCCGACAAGAAGUUGGCUUCUUUAAGUGAUAUUGACAGAUUAAUACGGGAAGAUGCUUUGAAUCAUGUGUUGGACAAUGAUGCAAUAGAAGAUAGGAAAUACAAGAGGAAAGUUGAUAGCUGGAUAAAGAUGUACAUUAAACGAAGACAGGUUGCUGGAUUGAUACCGUCGAAAUCAAAGCUUGACUCGACUUAUGUUAAUAAUAUUUUAAAAUCGAAAGUACUUUUUGAUAUGAGGAGGAAGGUGCUUGUACGAGUGGCAGAAAAACUUCAAAAGCCGUCCACUGCCGGACUUAAAACAGUCAGCGGAACCUCUAAUAACAUAUUUGUAAUAAUGACACCAUGGAAUGCAAGAUUAUUCACCGAGAAAUACAACUUUAUAUAUAAGCAACGCAAGAGACAUGACAUGAAUGUGUUGGAUCAAAACAGUUUAAAACAUUAUACAGAGAAAUGGCUUCCGUUAUAUGAGAGUGAAUUACAAUGGGAAGCUCGAAUGGCAGGGGAAAAAAAAAAGCAUGACUUUGAGGAACUGUCAAGUGAAUGGCAUGAGGUAUUCAACUCCUGGAACAAGAGAAUUUUAGAUGCAUCGAAUAAGAUAGAGGAUGACACAAAGGAUUACAACCGCCGACAGUAUUGCUUAUAUCAAAAGCUGAAGCCAAAAUUUGACAUCUUGUACAGUGCAUCCCAAUUCAAUAUGAAACGACUUGAAAGAGUAAUUAAGGCUAAACAGGUUGGCGCAUACACAGAUAUUGUUGGUGAUAAUCUUGGCGAGCUCAUGAAAGCACAUUACUUUAGAGACCCAUGCCAGAAAAGCAGAAGUCAAAUGUGGGGUCUUCGAAAUAUCAAAUAA